UAGGGCACCAAGAAACGACAUAGCCUAUGAGCCUCAACAUGUAAUGAGACCCUUAAUGCAACGCCGCAACUGAACAUACACAACUCAAGAGAUCGACAUGGGAGUAACGCGUCUCUAAUCCACAUCGUCCUCUAUAAAGGCAGCUGGACUCGCCCGUCAUUGAACUUAGAAUUUUCUCCUCAUCACCACCAUCUGCACUUCAAUCAUCACUUCUCUACCAAACAUUCCAAUAUCCAGAUCUCGACCAAUCUUCGGUAUCAUACCAACAACAUAAUCACUAGCAACCAUGUUCGCUCAAGUCAUCACCGUUGUUGUUUCGGCCCUCGCUGCCACCGCAGUCGCCACUGACGCCGUCGCCCCUCGCGAGACCUAUGGAAACUGGGCUGGCAAGCAAUUCGUAGAGGAGUGCACAGAUACCAGCUGCAUCGCUAAGUUCAACGUCGGCACCGCAGCCAAGUACUACAAGGAUGCUCCCGGUUUCACCGUCAAGUGCCAAUCUACCCAAAACGAGGCCAACUGGGCGCCUUGCGAAGUAGUCGGCGCUAAGACUGAGGGUGCUGAUAUCAGCUCCGUCUGGACGAAGGCCUCCGCCGAUGACAAGAUCAAGCUCUCCGUGUCUCACGCCUGGAACGGCGCCGACGGCGCUCGCUACAACGCUACCGGCACUGCCGAGUUCAAGAAGGGCGAGACUUCGUUCAACAUGCCUGUCGUCAAGGUCACCGCUGUGUUGUAAGCUGGUGUGGUGGAAGGAUCGGGGACGUGGAGUAUAGAGGAGCAGGAAAGGAAGAUAUUUGCAUUCUAAUACGCUUAGCGUGUCUAUUAUAUUUAGAUAAUGGGGUUAAAUAGUGUUAGGUGCAAAUGAAAAACAGAAGUUGAGGGGAGAAUUGAUGACUUUCG